AUGGAAUCUAUAGCAUAUGACCGGUUCAGCUCAUCUGAGGCUGAGAUUAACCACACUGCUCCGAAAUUUUUACCUGAACUCGGCAGACAAAACAGAAAGAUGUACAUUAUCUGUGGUGUUCUCGCCCUUUAUAUGCUCAUACUGACAGUGGCUGUAGGAAUUAAACUGUCUCAGGUCAGUCAAGAGGUAGCUGAUGUUACGCUUUCUCUCAAGACCAUUGAUUCCUCUAUUAAAGAAGCCUCAAAUCCUCUGCAGUUUGAAAUUCCACUUAUAUCCCCUGAGCUUAUAGUACAAGGUCCCUGUGAGGAAAACUGGGUGUUCUUUAAAGACUCCUGCUACUUUCAGUCAACCAUCAUGCAGAGCUGGCAAAGUGCUGAGAACAACUGUAUCCGGAAAAAUGCACACUUAGUGGUGGUUAAUAACUUGGAAGAGCUUGACUUCCUUUCUUCAAUAGUAAAGCUGCAGGUCAGCUACUGGAUAGGGCUUGUUGAGAAAGAGCAGGGGCAGUGGUCCUGGGUAGAUGGAACGGAUUUUAAAGCUACCAAACACUACUGGGACGAGGGUCAGCCUGAUAACUGGGACGUCCGUGUGAACGGUGAGGAUUGUGGACAGCUUCACGCACGGAUCCGUGCGGACAAACGGAGGCUUUGGAAUGAUGCGGACUGCACGCUUGCUUGCCCUUACAUCUGUGAGGGCAAACCCAAGAGCCAAUGA